UUCCAAUACGUCCUGCUGAAGGCGGAGGAAGGAAGAUGAUGACUGGAACCGUCUCCUGGUUGUCAGUAACAUCCCGGCCACACCCUCCGGCCCAACAGAGAUCCAGAAACUGGUCCAGCGCUUCGGCACAGUMCAACAGACUCUGGCACUCAAGGACAAGAUCAUCUUUGAGAUGGGAACAGCAGACAUGGCCAAGAGUGUYUUCAACCGCUUCCAGAAGUUUCCCUGCAUUGUUCAGAACAACAAGCUCGCCUUCUCCUGGAAACCUGAUCCCAAGACUGAUCUACCUAAAGUCGACAUCUCCUCUGCCGGCUCAACAGCUUCAACUGGUGGCAAUGACUCCCAGACUGCAGAGACCACUAUGCCCCCUGGUGGCCAGGAGGACUCACUGUCUCAGUCAGGAUUAAAGGUGGAGUCAGGAACAGGGGUUGAUACUAAGGUUGAAGGACAGGAGGUUCAGCCAGGGAAUGAAGGSAUGAACRUUGAUAAAGGGGUUCAAGCCSCAAAGUCUCCAGCAUUARGAGGAAAGGAUCAAGAGAAGGAGCCUGAUGCAUCUUCCUUACAGCCAGCAGGAGAGAACCAGRGAGAACCUGGAGGUCAGGGUGGAGAGGUSGUCACAGAGAAGGUUGCAGACAUUUCAACAACGGAGUCCGAAGAAACUGAAGAACCAGUCUCCUCAGAUGCUACCUCCGCUCCUCAAGCUGCUAAACCAGAGACUGAGAAAAUGUCUGUUUCCAGUUCCACAACAKCCACCCCAGCCCCAAAAGUGAUGGCGGCCAUCAUAGAGGCCUUACGACAGGAGAGCAGGAACAGAUCCUCUACCAAGGUUACCACCGACCAGGCUGCAGCUGAGAAUCCUCCAGGUAAACAACCAAAAGAUAAGGCGACUCCAGAUGUUCAGCCUGCCCCCGCUCUACCCAGAGUGACCCCAGAGAUCCUGAAGGUGCUGCUGAGGAGUGCAGGGUCCGGUCCACCAGUAGGGCUGGUGCUGAGAAGGCCAGGAAGGAGCAGGACCAGGCGCCCCUGCAGGCCAAAAGCCAUCCACUGGAAACCGAGAGACCACAGUGGAGACGGGGAGCCUGGAAGAGAGCAGGCCACCAAGAAGACCCGUGAGGAGGAAGGGAGGAGAGGGGAGAGCGAGGAGGGAGAAAGAGAGGAGGCUGAAGCCCAAGAGGAGGAGAAGGAGAAAGGAAGGAGGGAGAGAGAGAAGAGGCGGUCCCACAGGGAACGGUCAUCAGGAUCACCGGGGUCCAGGUCCUCUAUGAGGUAUGAGGGGAGCCGGCACAGUGGGAAGAGCGGCGCCAGGUCUGAGUCCAGGAGAGGAAACGGAGAGGAGAAGCAGCAGGAGGAGUUAGGUGAGAAGCACGUCCCCUUCGACAUGGAAGACUUUGUGACUGUGGAUGAGGUGGGGGAAGCAGCUGCSGUGCCCCGUCCUCUCCCCGAGACUACCACAGAGGUGACUGAGGUUACAGAGGUGACCGUCAACGACCCUGUGACCACAGCCUCUGAGGCGGAGCAGCAGGCACCAGCUGACACUACAUCGAUGGAGUUGGAGGGUGASCCUGKGACAGCCAAGGUACGGGAGGAAGCUCUGGACAAACGAGAACAGAAGGAGGGGGGGUUGUCCCCAGCAACCACAGAGGGGUCGGUGAAGACUGCAGAGGGACCUGGGGAGGUGACAGAGGAGACAUUUCCAGACUGUCAGGAUGACAUCAAAGAGGUCAGUGUGUCUAGWCGCAUUCCUAUUUGAGUAAUCCCUUUCCKA